AUGAGGGCCUACACUUUGAAAGAAAAAUUCAAAUUACUCAAGGCAAGCUUGAAGAAGUGGUACAAGGAGGUUUUUGGAAUCAUUGAUCUCAAGAUUGAUAAUUUUGUUGAGGACUUAAAAAAUUUGGACAGUAUCAUCAAUUCACAAUCCUCCAUUAGUCCGAUUGAAGUAAGAAAAGAAGCACAAAAUCUCAUUUGGAGCAACCUUCAUCUAAAAGAAAUUUUGUUGAAACAAAAGUCUAGGCAAAAAUGGAUCAAGGAGGGGGACCUAAAUUCAAGAUUCUUUCACAAUAUGAUGACUUGUAGAAGAAGGAAGAAUUACAUUAUUGUCUUAAACACUGGUAGGGGUAGGAUGAAUGAAGUAACUAUGAUAAAAGCUAUUGCUAUAGAACACUUCAAACAUCGAUUCACUGAUCCUGGUGGAUACAUGCCAUCCGUGGAAGGGGUUAACUUUAGCAGUUUGACAGAGGCUGACAAUUCGGGCCUUGAGAAAGAUUUCUCUAGGGAUGAGAUCAAGGGAGUUAUUUGGGAUUGUGAUGGGGACAAAAGCCCUGUACCAGAUAGGUUUAACUUCACUUUCUUAGAGAAUUUCUAG